UUGGCUGCUUGUCGGCAGGGAGGAAGUGAUGCAGGAAAAUGCCCACCGAGUAGCUCCACUCAAUGACUAAAAGGGGGAAGCACAAAGAAAUGGACUGCUUUGGUCCCAGGUGGCCCUUUAACUCACUCUAAAGAGCGACCGUAAGUCAGCACUGGUCAGAAAGCACCCUCUGGUUGCUGCCGGUUCACCUCUUCUCGUUUAAAAGCGGGAGGUAAAGACGACACCGAUGUGGAAGUUUGUAGUCGGCUGCCCGCUACUUAGCUAGCUUUCUGAGUGAACGCGACGAGUUUGCCUCAGUUGCUUUCUGGUCGCACGCGCCGAGCUGACCAACUUAUUUUGUUCUUCUCUCGUACUGGUGAGCCCUGAAGUGAUGCACACCCCAUUCCAGACGACACGGUUCCCCCAAAAGCACUGCGGAUGUCAAGGUCACAACGAUGGAGCAGAAUAGAAAGACACAUUGAUCUGUGGUCAAUGCCUUCAGAGGGAUCGUCUGGGUUUUAAGUUUGGCAGUGAAUCGUGGCAGAUUUGGCACAGGCCUGAGGGUAUGUUGAGACGUCUCGCAGUGCCAGAGAAGAGGCGUCUAGGUGGCUCGGACGGGGACUGAAGGUGAGGAGGAAAGACAGACGAGGGACCAGGGAGGAAGACAUGGGUCAAUGUGUCACCAAGUGUAAGAAUCCGACGUCCUCACUCGGCAGUAAGAGUGGAGACUCCAAGUCCCACCACAAGAAAGGAGGCAGUGCUUGUGGUGGCGGGGGCCACAAAGAAGAGCCCAGUGGUCUGUGUAGCAAAGCCACCAGUGAGCUGUCGAAUGGCACCAAGGCCUUGGAGGUUACAGCAGAGACACCCGUCAUCGCUGCAGUAAUGGGGGAACCGCGCAAGGACGAAUGUCUGGAUGGAGACGGGCUGUCGAUGCUGCGCAUCGAGGAGCUGUUCUACUGCUACAAGGAUGAACAGGAAGACACUAUCUUGGAGGAAGGCAUGGAGAUGUUUUGUAAUGACCUGUGUGUGGACCCGGCAGAGUUUCGUGUGCUUGUUCUUGCCUGGAAGUUUCAAGCAGCCACCAUGUGCAAGUUUACAAGGAAGGAGUUUGUCGAAGGAUGCAAGGCCAUUCAGGCAGACAGCCUUGAGGGUAUCUGCUCACGUUUCCCCGUCAUGCUGCUGGACGCCAAGGGCGAGGAGAACUUCAAGGACCUGUACCGCUUCACUUUCCAGUUUGGCCUGGACGCCGACGAGGGCCAACGCUCGCUGCAGCGUGAAAUCGCAAUCGCCCUAUGGCGCCUGGUGUUCACCCAGGACUCUCCUUCGAUCCUGGAGCACUGGCUGGACUUCUUGUCGGAGAACCCCUCAAGUAUUCGGGGCAUUUCAAGGGACACGUGGAACAUGUUCCUCAACUUCACCCAAGCUAUUGGGCCUGACCUGAGCAACUACAGCGAGGAUGAGGCCUGGCCCAGCCUCUUCGACACCUUCGUGGAGUGGGAGUUGGAGCGCAGGAAAAAGGAGGAGGAACAGGCACUGAUGGCAAAGGAGGAAGAGAGGAGGUGUACUGAGACAGAGUGUUCUCCCACCACAGAUAGACUUGAAACAGAGGGAAGCCGCGGCUCACAGACGUGGGGGGGUCACUGACCAGGAAUCAAGAAAUAAGGGAGGGUACGAUAUGAUCUACACCUGAACUGUACAUCUGUGAAUCAUUGGAUGAAUAUUAGUAUUAUUACAGCUGUUCAUUUUGUUCUCCUUUUCUGUCUGGGUGGGAUUCCUGCUUUGCACCCCUUUUUUUUUUGUUUUUUUGAAAGGGCUCUAAGAAUUGUGAUUUUCAAGCACUUCUAUUUAAGUUAUUAUUUUACUUUCUCCUCCCAUGUGUGUUUUAAGUAAUUGGAUAUGUGGUCCAUUUCAACCUCCCAUCUACCGACCAUGACCAAGCAGAGGUAGCGCUUGGUUUUAAAAACAGGUGACAGAAAGCCAUUAACGUCUUCCCCACAAUUAUCAUAUAGACUAUUCACUCUAACUUAAUAACACUGCAGGUAUGUUUAGUACAGGGAUAUAGUUAAGAAGAAGUGAAAUGUUGGCAACCUCUCCAUAAAUAUUGUUUUACUAUCAAAACAUGAGAUUAACCAAAAGGGUUUGGGUCAGUGAAAUCAUCUUGAUUGGACUAAUCUAGUUAGAUUGUAUGCUUUUAUCUUGCAGUGCUGUGAAGAUGAAUUGGUUGCACUUGUAUUGCCUUCACAGCUGCUGGCCUGCGAUUACAUGGCAAACAGUAAUGUAAUUCUUUCACAAGGGCAUUUAGUUUUUAACGCUAAUACAACGUUGUAAUAUCUAUCUAAAUCCAAGUUGAUGGUAACAGACCCACCUUCUCUUCUGUGUGGAGUGUUUUUUGAGUGCUACCGGUGCAGCGAGUGACUUAACUUGUACAGCUGGCUGUGCUCCCUUUUGACCUCUUGCAUCUACCAUUUUGAUGUCCACCUUCUUUCAACAAGCGGUUAAGUGUGUACAACACAAUGAUGCUGGCUUUUCUCAGAUGGCUCAUUGGUCUCAUUUUAGGAAGUCUGUAACCCACCGAUGGGCUAAAGCUGUAAGCCUUGGUCAUUUAUCAACAGAUGAUGCCUGAACUUGCGUUACAUUCAUGACCAUUAGAAUGGGCUUCACACAAAGCUUUUAUUGUUUACCUUCAGGAGUUUAAUAGUCACCACAUCCUUGAACUUCGAUACAAAAUAAAGAAAUGUAUGCGUACUUCACAAAUAUUGUUGACUGCUGCUGGUAAUGGUUGUAAUGGAUUGCACAAAAAACAAUGGCAUGCUAUACUUGCAACACUUUGCAGAAAGAUUGAUGUCAACCUCAUUAUUUUAAUCUUGAACCUUUUCCAAACUAGAUUGAUCUUAAGUAUAGCCUAGGGUGUGUUGGGAUGAGUGAAUGUUAACUAGACAUGCUGGCUAAUCAAGAGUCUGUGGUAUGGGUCCAGUGUGGUAAGAAGGUGGCCAUAACCUAAUCUGUUUGGUUUACAUCUACAAUGAUUUUAUUUCAGACCCCCUUUUGUCCUUUUUUAUAUAAAAUGUAUUGAUUUAUAAUAAAUAAAAACAGUGUUGAACUUUUGACUGUUGGA